CUGAGGGGAGGCAGAAUGUUGGGAGGAGGGUGUGUUUCUCGCGUCUGUGUUUAUGACGGCCCUGCCCAGUGCACGUGCGACGAAACUUGGUCACAGCCCGGCUGCGCGCCCUGCGCACCCUUAUACAAUGUUGCACAAAAAUCACCACCCCAGCUCCAACGGAUGCUAUCCGAGCCCUUUGAUGCUAUCAACUCUGCCAUGGCUUCCUCGGAUAUUAUGGCCUACAACUCCGGUUUGUCAGACUGGGUCCAAAUUGAGAGCGACCUCGGCCAAGAGUGCUUGUGGCAGCAUACUAUAGGCCCAUACGUACCGCCGUGUAGGUCUCUAGAGUCAAACACCACCGAUGACCUGACGGCGAGCUUUGACAGCGAUUACUUCAACAACAGUACCAGCUCAUCUGAGACGGAGAACUAUUACCUUCACAAUAUGUGUACCUAUUCCGCGCAGAGGCAACCAGAUGACGAUAACAGUAGUGUUAUGAUAGAUGAGAUAUUCCUGCGGGACGUUGAUCAACUAGACAACCUGGAACAGUGUCCUGGUCUGCCCAUUGAUCACUACGGGGGCCCGCUUUAUCACACCCCCGGGUACAGCACCCCGGCCUGUGGGUCGUACACUGGUCGAACUGACAACUUCCGCCAAUCGUAUUCUUCCUCACCAGAUGCCUUAUCCAGCUACUCAGUGUCCCCGCCUUAUGAAAAUGGCCAGCCAACUUACGUGAUUCCAAACUUACCAAAUUUGCCCGACCUGGACACGAACUCUUCCCCACGGCGAACGGAGUACCGCUUCGGCAGCAGCAGUGAUGACGUUUCUGACUCGGAUGAGGAAGAACCGAGGACAAGAAAAGGGAAGCGAGGAUCGAAAAGCGUGUUGUUGUGGAAGUUCUUGCUGGACAGCUUAGCUGACCCGGAUAACGUCCCCCAUAUUCUCAAAUGGGAGAACAAAGAAAGUGGGAUCUUCAAGUUCGUAGACACUGGGGCAGUGGCCAAAAUGUGGGGCCAACAGAAAAGAAAGCAAGACAUGAACUUCGAGAAACUUAGCCGCGGAAUCAGGCAUUACUACAAAGGCGGCAUGAUGAACAGGGUGGAAGGGAAAAGACUUGUGUACAAAUUUAACUGGAAGAAAGUCCCGAGGGAGUACAGGAGGAAGCUGUAAAACACAGGCGAUGCGGUCAUACUAACUAGUACACACAUACCUAAGUCAUAUGGAUCAGUUAUAUGAUCAACGCGUCUUCAAUGAUGUUUGUCACAGCCAGUGGGCGGAAUACUGCAUUUAAUAAAUCGAUGACGGACAAAUUGGACUUGCAUGCCUAACCUUGUUUGAGAACUUAUUUUGAGUAUUUUUCUUUACUUUUCCAGGUAUACAUUGUCCAGAGUUGGUGAAAUACGAAUAUGAAAUAUAUCUAUGAAGUAGAUACUUAACGGAAACGAAAAGGUGCUAUGAGGAUCAACAGAAUAAUUUGAUCCUGGUGUCAUGCUUGAGAGCCUGGUAUGGUUGGUUGUGAAAAUUGCUCACUCAUUAUGAAAGUAAUAUGUUUUGUUAAACGCUUUGUUACAUCAUUUGUGUGAGAUAAACGAUUCCAAAAUGUUCUGUGAUAUAUUUCUUUGAAAGUUAGAGGAUGGAAAAUUUCCACUCAAGUUAAAUAGUUCUUUGAAAGUUAGAGGAUGGAAAAUUUCCACUCAAGUUAAAUAGAAUAGAGUUAUUUUUAUCUAGCAGUAAAGGUUUAUGUUGUUGUUUGUGUUAUGUCAGUGUUGAGAAAUUGUUUCAUCCCAUAUUGUUGACUUAAAAUUUUACAUUGUUCACAACGAUAAGAAUACGACAAAAUAUCCCGGUGUAUAACAUAUGCAUUGAAGCGUUUUUUUCCUAACACGCUGACUAUAUAUCCACUGUAUAUUGUGUGAAAGAUUCCGUGUUAAAUAGCCCCAGUGGAAUAUUUCAUAAAUAGGAUACACUUACAAAUUCCGCAUGCACCACAUUCGUAUUAAAUGACAGGCCUGUUGUGAAGGCUGAGCAUGGAUCCCUCCCCUGUUCAUUUACGUAGGUAAAAGUAUAUAGUCAAAUGAAAACUGUCUGUUUUAUAAAUUGUUCUGUUAACAUGCGAUUCAUGUACACGAGACAUUUCUUACCAACAAGCCUACCAGUGAACCGUAAAAAUUCGGUAGAUAGAACACAGUUAUUUUUGAUUCCAGGUAUUUCUUUAUUGGUUAAUUGCUCCUAAGUGACUUAUAGUCUUCCAGCAAUGUGCGUUUGGUCGUGAUUUUCCUCUGGGAUCAGCAUGGUUUCCUGCCACCAUAAUCCUGGACGCCGCCGUAUAAGUGUAAUAUUCUUGAAUACGGCGUAAAAGAUCAAUGAAAUAAAUAAAUGGCCUAUCAGAUUACAGUUUUUCCCCUGAUGACCAAUCGUUGAGUGUCAGGGGUUCCAUAUUAGAUAGAGAGAGAGAAUUUGUACAACAGACUAUCGUACGAUGGCCAGAGUUCCCCACUGAUCAGUUGUUUCAUGAUUUAACAAAUCUCUCUUUCCAACAAAAAUGAACAAUUAUGGAAGAUUUGGUUCAGAACUUGCAUCUCACUUGAACAGUCCUGCUCUAUAUUCUGUUAUAUUUUGUUGACGUUAAACUGUACUUAAAAAUGUACUAAAUUAGUUAUUGGAAAGCUCCAAGUAGUAUGUUAAUUAUAUUGUCAUUAUAACCGGCAGAGAACACUUGUUAACGAUGCACUCGUGCCAUUUACCAUCCAGAGUAUAUCUAUAUAUGUUUAAGUAUCGAUCUUACCUUGGUGCAAUUAAAAGUUUAAAAUGCUACCAAAUGGUAUAUAUUUUUGUAUGAAAGAUUAUUUUUCCAAAUUUUCCUUUGUACAUGCAUUGUAUUUUUAAACCGUUGUUGAAAGUUAUAGCUAAUAAAUGAGAACAAUUGACAUAA